UUCAGAGACAGACUGGAGGUGAAUCAGACUGGAUCUCUGACCAUCACAAACAUCAAUAUCGCAGACACUGGGCUCUAUAAUUUACAGAUCAGCAGCAGUGGAUUCAGCAUCAUGCGGACCUUCAGGGUUAAUGUCACUGCCGUUCCAGAUUCAGGUCUGUCUACAGCUGUUGUAGCAGGAAUAUGUGCAGGUGGUGUUGUUCUGCUGAUAGUGGCUGCAGCUGCUGCUGGUGUGAUUUACUAUUGCCGCAGACAAAAGGAUGGCCCCAGCACACAGUCCAGUGAUACGCAGGAUGGUGUGUCGGCCUCUAAACACAAGAAUCUUCCACUGACGAACGCUACCAAUGAGAUAUCUCCUAACAAGAAUAACACUCUAUUGACAAACCCUAAUGAGACUUACUCAAAUGAUAAUAACACUCUUUUGACAAACACUAAUGAGACUUACUCAAAUGAUAAUAACACUCUUUUGACAAACACUAACGAGAAUAACACUCUAUUGUUGAACACUACCUGUGAGAUAAUCAAGUUCCAUAAUCAAGCUGAUAUUCGAUUUAUAGAUGAUGAAGAUGAAUUGCCCCCUGAUCUGACUGAGAAAGGGGCUGCCAAUGACACAAUGUAA